CUGAAACAGGAUCAGCUGGUAAAACAGGAGAAAAGAACGGAACACAGUUUAGGAUAUAAUAUGGCAAAACCUGAAACUAAAUGCUAGAGCAAGAGGGAACAACAAGACUACCAGGUCAGAGUGGUAAGAGAAUAAGGUAUGGUAGGGGAAGAAGAGGCGACAGGAGGCAAAAUAGAGAAUAAAGGGACAAAGCUGAAAGAGGCAUACUGACAGCAAUGAAAUGAGAUAGGUAAAGAGCAUAGAGGAGGCUUGUUGGGGAAAAAACAGGCGGGGAAUUUGUAAUCUGAUCCUGAGUAUAAAGACUGCUGGAACUUGUGCACUGUAUACAGAUGAAUGGGACCAGGGCAGAGAGUGUCACACUAAGUACUGAGGAGAACAGUAUACUUGGUGCCUUUCCCAACAUACAGGUGGAUGGAGAAUUAGGCUAAGUUCUUUUUCAAGCGUUUAUACCGUGGUUUUGCCCCUAAAAUAUACCAAGUCACUUAUGGAUUAUAUUGGAUGUUACUGUAAGAUCUCAAAAGAACUGCUUUGGCACUUUCCAUCCUACUGAAAGGACCAGGACCAGGACCGGGAGUUAGUCCCGGACCUACAGCUGAUCACACCUGUACAAACCUCUGGGGAUUGCUCUAAAUGUUGACUUGAUUCAUAUUGCACAUUUUGGCAACUUCUCCAAUACCUUUAAACAUUUUGGCUCUGGCUAAAAGGGCCUCCAGCAUCCACCCACCAGUUAUGAAGCCCAUGCAGAGGCUUUUUCAAUUGCCAGUGACAGCUGUGAAUCUAGUAAAGAACCACCGAUCAGAGGAGGCAAAAAGUCCUGUUCUGACACCAGACGGAGGAGUCCAAACGUUUUACAAUGCACUACAAGCAGAUGAGCUGAAAUUACUCAAAUCUCCACAAAUGGAAUCCAGCAUGGAAAACAACGGAACCAGCUCCCAAAGUCAGCCUGUGCGACACGAUGACUUGAAAGAAAUGUUGGACAGUAACAAGGACUCGCUGAAGUUGGAAGCUAUGAAAAGGAUAGUUGCUAUGAUAGCUAGAGGAAAGAAUACAUCAGACCUGUUUCCAGCAGUGGUAAAAAAUGUGGCCUGCAAGAACAUAGAGGUGAAGAAAUUGGUUUAUGUUUAUUUGGUUCGAUAUGCCGAGGAACAACAGGAUCUGGCUCUUCUUUCUAUUUCCACCUUUCAGCGAGGGUUAAAGGAUCCCAAUCAGCUGAUCCGAGCCAGUGCCUUGCGCGUUCUUUCCAGCAUCCGGGUGCCAAUAAUUGUGCCAAUUAUGAUGCUUGCAAUAAAAGAAGCAGCUUCAGACAUGUCUCCCUAUGUUCGAAAGACAGCUGCACAUGCUAUACCAAAACUGUAUAGCUUGGAUUCAGACCAGAAAGAUCAGCUUAUUGAAGUGAUUGAAAAACUUUUAUCUGAUAAGACAACGCUGGUUGCUGGAAGCGUAGUAAUGGCUUUUGAAGAGGUGUGUCCUGAACGCAUUGACCUGAUACAUAAGAAUUAUCGCAAGUUGUGUAACCUGCUGAUUGAUGUGGAGGAAUGGGGGCAGGUAGUCAUUAUCAACAUGCUGACACGUUAUGCAAGGACCCAGUUUCUGAACCCCAACCAAAAUGAGUCUCUUCUGGAAGAAAAUCCAGAGAAAGCUUUCUAUGGCUCAGAUGAGGAUGACGGAAACAAAGAAGAAAACGCAGAACCAUCAUCUGUUGUGAAACGGAAACCAUACAUUAUGGACCCAGACCACCGUCUUCUUCUUCGCAAUACCAAGCCCCUCUUGCAGAGCCGCAAUGCAGCUGUGGUUAUGGCAGUCGCACAACUGUACUUUCAUCUAGCACCAAAAGCAGAAGUUGGUGUCAUAGCAAAGGCCUUGGUUCGCUUAUUACGCAGUCACAGCGAGGUGCAAUUUGUUGUACUCCAGAAUGUGGCCACUAUGUCCAUCAAGAGAAGGGGGAUGUUUGAGCCAUACCUAAAAAGUUUUUACAUCCGAUCUACUGACCCAACCCAAAUUAAGAUUCUGAAGCUGGAGGUCCUAACAAACCUGGCUAAUGAGACCAACAUUUCCAUCAUUCUGCGAGAAUUCCAAACUUACAUUCGCAGCAUGGAUAAAGAUUUUGUGGCUGCUUCAAUACAGGCUAUUGGCCGAUGUGCUACCAACAUAGGCAAAGUCCGCGAUACCUGUCUCAAUGGACUUGUCCAGCUGCUAUCAAACCGGGAUGAGCUGGUUGUUGCAGAAUCAGUGGUGGUUAUUAAGAAAUUGCUCCAAAUGCAGCCAGCACAGCACAGCGAAAUAAUAAAACACAUGGCCAAGUUAACUGACAAUAUCCAGGUGCCUAUGGCUCGGGCUAGCAUAUUGUGGCUUAUUGGUGAGUACUGUGAACAUGUGCCUAAAAUAGCUCCUGAUGUAUUGAGGAAGAUGGCCAAGUCCUUCACUAAUGAAGAAGAUAUUGUUAAACUGCAGACCAUAAACCUUGCAGCAAAGUUGUAUCUGACUAAUUCAAAGCAGACGAAGCUUCUCACUCAGUAUGUUUUGAAUCUGGCUAAGUAUGACCAAAAUUAUGACAUCAGAGACAGAACAAGAUUCAUCCGCCAGUUGAUUGUACCCACAGAAAAAAGUGGAGCACUUAGUAAGCAUGCCAAGAAACUCUUUCUGGCUCAAAAACCUGCACCUAUUUUGGAGUCUCCAUUUAAAGAUCGGGAUCACUUUCAGUUGGGCUCACUUUCUCACCUGUUGAAUGCUAAAGCUGUUGGGUAUCAGGAGCUACCAGACUGGCCAGAAGAGGCCCCCGAUCCGUCUGUGCGCAACGUGGAGGUGAAGGAAGCUGUACCUGAAUGGACUAAGUGCCCAAGCAGGGAGAAGAGGAAAGAAAGGGAGGAGAAACCAUUCUAUUCUGAUUCAGAAGGCGAAUCAGGACCCACAGAGUCCGCAGACAGUGAACCAGAGUCAGUCAGUGAGUCAGUGAGUGCGAGUGGUGGGAGUAGCAGUGGGAGUGGAUCAGGCUCUGAAAGUGAAGAGGAGGAGGAAAGUGAAGAUGAAGAAGAGUCUGAAAAAGAAGAAAAGAAAAAGGGAAAGAAGAAUGAAACACAGAGUGCGGGAAGUGAUGAAAGUGAUCGGGAACAAAAAGCAGCAGCAAAAGGGAAGAAAAAAACAAUACGAACAUCCAAAAAAUCAGCCUCUGAAGAAAGCAGCUCAGAGAGCGAAUCUGAGAGUGAGUCUUCUUCAGAAGAGGAUAAAGAAGAGGAAGAAAAAGUACAACCGCAGCUUGAGCCUAGAAAGAAGAAGCCUUCUACAGUUACCAAACCAGCAGUGAAGAAGCCCAAAGAGACGAAGGAGAUGUCUUUAUUGGAUCUAGACGACUUCUCUGCACCCUCUGCUCCUCCUACAACUUCAGGAAGCAUUGUCUCAUCCAGCCUUGUGACUGACCUGGAAGGGUUAUCAUUAACAGACACAUCUCUAUCCCCCACAGUAAUCAGUCCUAUAUUCUCCACGAGUCGCACAUUUGAGCUACUACAUCGAAUGACAGGAGAGGGUCUUUCUGUUGAAUAUAUAUUCAGCCGCCAGCCCUUCACACCUGAUCAUCGCAUGGUGUCCGUUCAAAUCAAGAUCUCCAACAACACUGACAGUGAGGUGCGGAAUAUCAGUAUAAAUGAGCCCAAGCUGCUAUGUGGCAUGAGGAUGCAGGAGUUUCAGGAAAUUGAAUCACUGCCAUCAGGUGAAAGUGCUACUGUGAUUAUGGGCAUUGAUUUCUGUGACUCCACGCAAGCUGCCAACUUCCAACUCUGCACACAUACACGCCAGUUCUACGUGUCUAUCCAGCCACCAGUGGGAGAGCUCAUGCUUCCUGUGUUCAUGAGUGAAAAUGAAUUCAAGAGAGAGCAGGGUAAACUCACUGGAAUGAAUGAGAUCACAGAACUAUUGUCAGUGUCUGGGAAGUAUCAAAGUGACCAUGUCAUUGUACAGCGAGUCACAUCUGCUGCAAACAUGAACCGUGUUCCUUGUGGUACAGAUAAAGAAUUCAGAUUCGCAGCUAAAACAGUAUCCAGUGGAACCCUUGUCCUGGUAACUUUGAAGCUGAAGGAUGCUACUUCUGCAGUGCUGACUAUCAAUAGUGAAAAAAUGGUGAUUGCAACCAUGUUAGCCAAGGACAUUGUCCAGGCCCUGACACAGUGAUACGUUAGCAUCCGAUAUAGGUAUAGCGAGUGCACUUGUUGUAUUGGUUUAAUACCUGCACUAAAACUAUUGUAAAGAUCAGAUGAUGCGUGACCCAUGGAACAUCUUAUAUUGCUGAUAACUCAGUUUAUUUGUAGUUUAGUAUUUCUUCAUAAAAAUCUUUAGUCAUUCAUAUCACUAAAGAGAAGGAAGUGAAUGUGUAUACUGAAAAAGAUGAAGACACUGUACUUGCAUGGCCUUAAUAUUAUUUUGCCUCAGAAAAGUCAGUAACAAAGGGUAGAACAAUGAAUGCAACAUUUUAUGUAUCUUUAUAGCAUAUACAGAUCUGCUGUUGUCUUUUAUUAUUUAUAUUUUUAGAACUGAUAGAAUGGGAGAACCACUUAAUAUUAUAGUGUUUACAACCCUUCAGUGUUUCCAUGCUCCACAAUAGAAAAAAACAAACAUAGGUAAUAGGUAAACAACAUGUUGAAACAGUGAAGCCUCUUUGAGAAGACCACUCAAAAUUUCAAUAAAAAGUAGUUUUUUAUGGGGAUGGCUUUCUCAAAGAAAAUGGCCCCAAUGCAAACUGUACGGUGGACAGAUAACGUCUAGAUAAGGGGAUGGUGUCUUCAAUGAGGUUUCAUUUGGGGGAGGUUUCACUGUAUGUGCAUCUCUUGAGACUAUAUUGGAGUGGGACUAUGUUCUAUAGAAUCAUAUGGAAAGCUACUUCUCAGCACUACUAACAUGUGUAAUUAUUAUAAUUUAUUAGUUGAUACAUUCAGGUUCCAUUGGAGAGUUUUACAUCUGUGCUGUGCUUCCUAUACCCUAGACACUUGCAUUCUUACAAAGUAUGAUCCCAUGAUUGGUGCACCUACUGAUAGGAUAUGACAAUGUGACAGUAGUAUACUGUACCCCUGAAGUGACUUCUUACUGUUUCCCAGCCCCGUGUACUAUUUUCAGUGAAAGAAUAUAAUUUUAUUUAUUAACAUCUGUUAAGACUUUCAAUAAAGUUAAACAUGAGGAAGAA